UCCGGAUUAUAUUUCGUGUGCUUUGAAUUGGCAUUCUCUCCGCAGUCUCCGUAGCUUCUUCCUUGCUCAGUCUAGACGGGGAACCACUUCAGACAACGCAGAGUAACUGAAGCGGAGGAAGCAGAAAGAACCGGAGAGCGAAGUGGUGGGGGGGAGGGAGAGAGAGAGAGAGAGAGAGGAGAGGCGAUAUGGUGUUCAAAGGGAGAUUCUUCUCGUCAAAGAAACCCUCGGGGUCUUCCAGUCCAGAUAGGGGUUCGAGCAGCCCCGGCACGCCGGGCACGCCGGCAUCCGCGUCCCCUUCCAGAUCCGAGAAGAAGAAAUCUCGAUCAUCUCCCGAAGUGGCGACGAAGAUCCAGCAGAAGAAGAAGGAGAAGGAGAAGGAGAAGGAGAAGGAGAAGGAGAAGGAGAGGGAUCGGAAGGGGAAAGAGACAGCCAAACCCUCGCCGCCCGCGGCGGCUGCUUCGGCCCCGGCUAAGGUUUGGAAAGCUGCUGCGAUAAAGGAGGGAGGGGCGGCUUCGGGGUCCUUGCUGUCGUUGAAUCGCAUCAAGACGAGAUCCGGGCCAUUGCCGCAGGAGACGUUCCGGGAGAGCAGGAUCUCUGGAAUUGGGAGUAGCAAUCUUGGUAGGGAGGGGAGCUGCUCCACCUCUUCAUCAUCGGCAUCCGCGAUGUCAUCUUCCUUUGCUCUUUUUGGAGUUGGGAGCAGCAGUUUCAAGAAGAAAGAUACACGCGGGUUGGAGAAGGUCCCAGAGUCCCGUGUCAGCUCAUGGGCUGAUCUUGGGAGGAGUCAGUUUGAUCACGGGUUUAGGAAUGAAGCAGCAUUGGGGACUAUGGGGAAGGUCGAUCAGACACGUCAAAGUUUUAGCUCUGCUGCUUGUGCUUCUGAAGCAGAGUCGCCAUUUGAUGCUUGUGAAACACCAAAAGAGUCUGAAUCUCCUCGUUUUCAAGCCAUAAUGCAGGCUACAACUGCACCUAGGAAGAAACUUCCUGCAGAUAUUAAAAGCUUUUCACAUGAGUUAAAUUCUAAGGGUGUACGCCCUUUUCCAUUUGUGAAGCCCCGGUAUAUGUAUAACCUGAAGGAGGUAUUGAAAGAUAUUCAGGUGAAGUUUGAGAAGGCAAAGGAAGAGGUAAACUCUGACCUAGCUAUUUUCGGAGGUGACUUGGUUGGAUUAUUGGAGAAAAGUGCAGAGAGUCAUCCAGACUGGAGGGAAACGUUAGAGGACUUACUAGUGCUUGCCAGGUCCUGUUGUGUCACAACUCCUGGGGAGUUUUGGCUCCAAUGUGAAGGCAUAGUUCAGGAUUUGGAUGAUCGUCGUCAGGCGCUCCCCAUGGGGGUGUUGAAGAAACUUCACACUCGGAUGCUUUUUAUUCUUACGAGGUGUACUAGAUUGCUACAGUUUCACAAGGAGAGUGUCUUUGCUGUAGAUGAGGUUGUUAUGGACAUCCGUCAGCUUCAUUCAGCUGAUAAAAGUAUUGCAGCUGGAAAAGAUGGGAGAAGUGCUAAUUUUGUGAGGGGUUCCAAUGAGGCUCCUACUUCUAGAAAGUUUUACAGUCAGAAUCAGCAUAAUUUAAAAUUGAAAAGCCAGGAGAUAAAACCUUCAAAUUUCAUCUCACAAUUUGAGCUAGAUAUUACAAAGGAAGAUGAUACACUUGCAGGCAGGGAACGCAUCGCUUCUUGGAAGCCUCUCCCUUCACCUUCAGUGAAAAACCAGAAGGACGCCAGUCCCGUGAAAUAUGAUUCAUCUGUUAUGAAUUUGCCAUUGUUAAAUAGGGAAGACAACACCGAUUCAGACAUAACAACUUUUAGAACAGCUGAGGUAAGCAGCACUGGAGAGACAAACUUACACCCUUCUGCUCCAUCAAAACAUCAGCACAAAGUUUCAUGGGGUAACUGGAGUGAUCAACAAACUCUUUCUGAAGAUGGUUCAAUAAUGUGUCGUAUUUGUGAGGAGUACGUUCCAACUUUAUAUGUUGAGGAUCAUUCAACAAUCUGUGCUGUUGCAGAUAGAUGCGAUCAAAAGGGUUUAAGUGUCAAGGAACGUCUUCUUAGAAUUGCAGAGACCUUGGAAAAAAUAAUAGAAUCCUAUUCGCAGAAGGAAGUCCCCAAUACAUCUGGCAGUCCAGAUGUUACUAAAGUAUCUAAUUCAAGUCCUAAUGAAGAAACUGAUGUCCUUUCUCCAAAAAUCAGUGAUUGGCCACGUAGAGAUUCAGCUGAUAUGCUUGACUGUUUCCCGGAGACUGAUAAUUCUGUUUUCUUUGAUGACUUAAAGAGCCUUCCAAACAUGACAUGUAAGACUCGUUUUGCUCCGAAGUCUGAUCAAGCAAUGGCUUCCUCUUCUGCUGGCAGUAUGACUCCCAGGUCACCACUAGUAACACCAAAAGCAAACCAUAUAGACAUGCUUUUGGCUGCUAGGAGUGCAAUAUCAGAAAUUGAAGAUCUUCCUCAGAUUGCCGAGCUUGCUGACAUUGCCCGUUGUGUUGCAAAUACUUCUGUCGAUGAGGAAGCAUCUCUGUCAUAUUUGGUUUCUUGUAUGGAAGAUCUGCAAGAGGUUGUCAAUCAUCGGAAACUUGAGGCACUUACUGUACAGACUUUUGGAACACGCAUUGAAAAACUUCACCAGGAAAAAUACAUUCAGCUAUGUGAUGCAGUUGAUUUUGAAAAGGCUGAUGCAACAAGUGCGAUAAUGGAUGAAGAUGAUGAUGUAGUGCGAAGCUUGCGUGCAAGCCCUGUUCACCCUAUUAAUAAGGACCGCACAUCCAUUGAUGACUUCGAGAUCAUAAAACCAAUUAGUCGUGGUGCAUUUGGUAGGGUUUUCUUAGCCAAGAAGCGAACAACUGGUGAUCUCUUUGCCAUAAAGGUUCUUAGAAAAGCUGACAUGAUUCGCAAAAAUGCUGUGGAGAGCAUAUUGGCAGAACGUGAUAUAUUAAUCUCAGUUCGAAAUCCUUUUGUGGUGCGGUUUUUUUAUUCUUUUACAUCACGGGAGAAUUUAUAUCUUGUGAUGGAGUACUUGAAUGGAGGAGACCUGUAUUCGUUGCUAAGAAAUUUAGGUUGCUUGGAUGAGGAGGUUGCUCGGAUAUAUAUAGCAGAAGUUGUUCUUGCUUUGGAAUAUUUACAUUCAUUAAGAGUGGUACAUAGAGACCUGAAGCCAGAUAAUUUGCUUAUUGCACAUGAUGGCCAUAUCAAGCUGACAGAUUUUGGACUAUCCAAGGUUGGUCUCAUCAACAGUACGGAUGAUUUAUCUGGACCAGUUGUUAGCGGGACAUCACUGCUCGGAGAUGAUGAGGUCCAAAUAUCUCCAUUUGAGCACUUGGAUCAGCGGGAAAGACGAAAGAAACGUUCUGCUGUCGGUACACCUGAUUAUCUGGCUCCAGAGAUUCUCUUGGGAACAGGGCAUGGCGCUACAGCUGAUUGGUGGUCUGUUGGUGUUAUCCUCUUUGAGCUACUUGUUGGAAUUCCACCAUUCAAUGCAGAGCAUCCGCAGAUGAUUUUUGACAAUAUUCUAAAUCGUAAAAUUCCUUGGCCCGGAGUGCCAGAAGAGAUGAGCGCGGAAGCACAAGAUCUUAUUGAUAGUUUAUUAACUGAGGAUCCUCAUCAACGACUUGGAGCAAAAGGCGCUUCUGAAGUCAAGCAACAUGCCUUUUUUAAAAACAUUAACUGGGAUACACUUGCCAGACAGAAGGCUGCAUUUGUUCCCUCUUCAGAUAGUGCAACUGACACUAGUUAUUUCACAAGCCGCUUAUCAUGGAAUCCAUCAGAUGAACAUGUUUAUGAGGCCAACCACUUUGAGGAUUCUUCUGACAAUGGCAGCAUAAGUGGUGCCAGUAGUUGCAUAAGCAAUCAUCAAGAUGAACUGGGGGAUUAUGCUGGUGUUGAGGAGUUCGGUAAUGAAGCGUCUGUGAAUUAUUCCUUCAGUAAUUUCUCUUUCAAGAAUCUCUCCCAGCUCGCAUCCAUCAAUUACGAUUUGCUGAGCAAAGGCUUGAAGGAUGGACAAUCAAGACCUGAUUCUUAAUCUCGCUCCCUUUCAGGUUCCCAUUUUAUACGAGCGGAACACUGAAAGAUGUACAGGAUCUGAAACCUACGAAUUUGGAGAUAAGCCGCUUCGCUUGCUUAUGGAGAAAAUCUUUUUCGCAGAAAUCGUCGGCUUAGGUUUGGUUUUGCCUCCCAAUCCACCAUGAGUGAUGGUUUUUUUCUGUUUUUUUUUUUUUUUUUUUUUUUUUUUUUAGUGUUUUUCUGGGUAUUUUGGAGGAAUGGAGCAAUGUGUUCGUAAGAAUGUGGAUGAAUUAUAUUUAUCAAUGAGGCCCCUUUUAUCUAA